AUGCCACAAAUUACGUUUGAACUCGUAUACAAAAUCAACUGUAUUCAAUACUACGCCCAACUUGUACUAGCCGUAUUCGGCUUACCAACAGCCCUAUUGAGCCUCUAUGUGGUAGUAACUCAAUCGCCUAAACACUUCAAAUUCUUCAAGCACCUGUUGGUAUGUCUAAUCGCGUCUAGAAUUGAAACAACAGUAGAAAUUGCACUAAUACAGCCAAAAGAUAUACCGUAUUAUAAUGGUGGUUACAUGCAAGGCCCCAUUGGCCGACAUAUCUCGAGUGAUUUUGGAUAUUUUACCGAAUUUUUAUUUUCGGCAUCAAGUGUGUUCAUUGACAGUAGUUUAAGUAUUGUUGGGCUUAGUGUCCAGGCUAUGGCUUUGAAGGUAAGUACAACAUAGUGAACUCAAUAAAAAACAAUUUUAGGAUUAAUAAAAUUUUUAUUUUAAGAAUUGAUUUAGGCUUAAAAAAGGAUUUAAGGCUUAAAAUAGAACUUUAGGUUUAAAAAUUAACUUUAGGUUUGUAAAUAAAAUGUUUAGACUAAAAAUGGCAUUUUCAGUUUAAAAAUAGAAUUUUAGACUUAAAAACUAAUUUUAGGCUUAAAUAUUUAUUUUAGGCUUAAAUAUUAAUUUUAGGCUUAAAUAUUAAUUUUAGGCUUAAAAAUUAACUUUAGGUUUGUAAAUAAAAUGUUUAGACUAAAAAUGGCAUUUUCAGUUUAAAAAUAGAAUUUUAGACUUAAAAACUAAUUUUAGGCUUAAAUAUUAAUUUUAGGCUUAAAUAUUAAUUUUAGGCUUAAAAAUUAACUUUAGGUUUGUAAAUAAAAUGUUUAGACUAAAAAUGUCAUUUUAAGUUUAAAAAUAGAAUUUUAGGCUUAAAAAUUAUUUUAAAUCUCAAAAAUGAAAAUUAGUCUCAAAAGACUAUUUUAUGCUUAAUCAUCCUACCCAAGCUAAAAUGAGUUUUAUACUUUAAAACAAAUUUUUCAUUUUUAGCUCCACCGACCGCGGUUCAUAAUCUGGUUAGAAAGUGGGAGUAACUCCAAGUAUUUUCUAGCCACUAUGAUAAUAUCCGUUUACUUCUGGUCCAUCGCAGAAUAUUUAGCUGGGUUUACUAGUAAUCCCGUACUUGAACUGAAAGACGAAGUUUUGCUUAAACUAAAACAAGUUGAGCCGAGUCUAACCGUUUCUGUAAUUAAUCAAAACAGCGCCAAACUCUAUGUUAUACUAGCCUUGUCGAAGCUGGUGAUUUCAAUUGGUUUAAACGCGCUUUCAGCUUAUUUAGCGUCUUCUGAAGUCGAGAAGAACAAGGCUGUGUUGACCAAGAAGACGUAUCAGAUGCAGAAGGAUCUACAGCGCUUCUUAAUCUACAUGUUGAUCUACAAUUGUCUGUUCUUUUACAUUCCUGUAGUCAUGUUACAGCUGUCCUUUUUGUCACCAUUUUUGGCUUACAUAGUAUCACCAAUAGCUUCAUGUGUACUAAUAACGUAUGGCAUAGUUCAUGGUGUUGCCAUUAUCAUGCACAUCAAGUAUUAUCGAAAUUGGGUCAUGCUGAAACUGUAUGGUGCUACGGGAAGGAGUGUAGUAACAGUGUUGAGUUUGGAGCAAAAGAGAAAGUCUACUACUCAUACUUUGGUUUACUAG